AGCGUGCUGCACGGGGAAGCAUGCUCACUAAUUCUAUCCGUCAUGGGGACAAACCCCACCUACAUUUAGACAAAUGACCAAUCACAUCAAAGCUUCGGCCCAGUCUCCGAUCCAAUCCUGUAGCAGCAACUUCCGGAAAGGGUUAUGUGUUUGGAUGGCUACAUAUAAAUAAUAUUUUGGGGACUUAAAUACUCUACCUUUUGAAGAAAAAUCGUCAGCAAUUCCACUAAAAUGCCUCAUCGAAAGAAGAAAGCAUUCAUUGAGAAGAAGAAAGCUGUGACUUUUCACGUCGUCCACAGAAGUCAGAAGGACCCGCUGGCCGCAGAUGAGAAAGCACCGCAGCAUGUCCUGCUUCCCGCCGUAAAGGUGGAAGCCGAGGCGAGGCUCGAUGAGCAGAGGAAGUUUGGGGUUUUCUUCGACGACGAUUACAACUACCUGCAGCACCUGAAGGAGGCGUCCGCCCCCUGUGAGCUUGUCGUUUCUGGCUCCUCGUCCCAAAACAGAGUGACCUUUGACCUACAAGAUGAAGACAACGAACACGAGGGAAAAGGAGGCGAGAGCGCGGACAGCCCUGCCGCUGGGAUCCACCUGCCCUCGUCCGUGUUCGCCUCCGAGUUCGAGGAAGAGGAGGGACUCCUGAACAAGGCAGCUCCCAUUUCUGGACCCCGGCUGGACAUGGACCCCGACAUCGUCGCCGCUCUGGAUGAAGACUUUGACUACGACGAUCCCAACAACAUCCUGGACGACGACUUCAUGAGCAAAGCCAACUCCGUGGGGGGAGCUUUGGGCACGGCAGACGACUGCGAGGACGGCGAAGAGGACGAGGAAUGGGAGGACACAGACGAGGAGGGCAGCUUCAGCUCCGGGGACGGCUUCUCACCCGACAUGCGGGGGGAAGGCGGCGGGCGAGAGUUUCUCUUUAUGGACGAGGAGACAAAGAGCCGCUUCACGGAGUACUCCAUGACGUCAUCGGUGAUGAGGAGGAACGAGCAGCUCUCCCUGCUCGACAGCUGCUUUGAAAAGUUUUACGAGCAGUUUGAUGACGAUGAGAUCGGCGCCCUGGACAACGCAGAACUGGAAGGCUUCAUCAAGCCGGACAGCGCUCGCCUGGAAGAAGUCAUCAAGGACUAUUUUAAACAGAAAACGAAAGAGCCUGAUGAGGGGAGAUGCAAAGAGCUGGCGGUGGUGAACGAGGAGGAAGACGAGGAAGAGGAGUUGGAGAGCCUUGUCAUCGAGACCCCGCAAGAGAAGUGGGACUGCGAGACCAUCAUCAGUACAUAUUCCAACAUAUAUAACAGACCCAAAGUAAUUCAAGAACCCCAGAAGCCGAAGGCUAUCCGUGUUUCAAAAAAGACAGGCAUUCCUCUGGAUGUCCUUCCCCCCCGAGGCUCCGCAAGCAAGCCGGCAGACCCCAAGACCAAGACCGAUGACCCGGAGCUACCGCGCGUUUCCGCUCAACCCAGGGACAAAAAUGAGAGCAAAGAAGAGAAAAGAGCAAGGAAAACGGCCAUCAAAGACGAGCGCAAGGUGAGGAGAGCUGAAAAGAAGGCCACCAAGGUGGCAUUCAGCGAGGAAAAGGUGCGGCAGGAAAAGCAAAUGAUCAAUCUGAAGACAAACGUCCAAGGCCUGAAGCUGUAGCGGCUGACUCCGAACACCCUGGGAAAGCCGGCGUUCCAGCUUUCGCCGGUCCGAUCGGGAGAGACUCUGGAGAUGGAAACGCAGCAGAGAUCCAGCUGUUCUGCGAUCAACACGGACAAAAUAAAACUGCUGCCGGCAACCACCACAGACAAUAAUGUUCGUGUUCAAAUACGUCAAAGUGGUUAUGCUGUUCUCUCGCCACAAGUGAUAUUGAUCAAUUGUCAAGAUCGUAAAUCACAGAUUAAAUGGAUUUCAGAAUUCAUGCUGCGUUCGAUGUAUUCAAACGUGUAAAAUAAACUCCUUUCCAUUGGAAAACCUCAGGAAUGUGAAUGAAUAGGAAAUACAGCAGCUGAACAGGACACGCAAAGCCUGUCAGAGGUAGA